AUGCGAUACGAUGAUUGGGAUGUCUUGCUCUUCCCAUGGGACUGUGGCAUCCCAAUGAGGGAGUUCCAGGUGACCUGUCACUUAGUCCAGGACCCAGAGUUCUCGGUCCCGAAUUGUGCUAUGGGGCUCCCGACAAUGACGUGUUUCAUUCCUAGCCUCGAAGCCGGCUCCCCAUUCCACAUAUCAAUCCACAGCUGGGUUCAGAACCCGGAAGCGAGCGCUUUUACGAAGGCCAUCACCAAGCAUCCGGAACUUGUCAAGUUUCAAGCAAGGAUUUACUUUGACGGAUGCCUGAUCGGGUCCGAUGUGUUCGAUGGCUCCGGUAACUGGCCUCAAGUUAUCAAUAACGCAAAAGACCAUAAUACAAACGGCCAGGCCGAUAUUCUACGGUUCCCUAUAUUCCUUUCCGAUGUGCUCCAGCAAAGCUCUUGGAGCGCAGCCGACGAUCUAGGCCGCAUUAAAGUUGUUAUCAGCGAGGCAUUCUCCCGGGGGCCACCGGCCAUGGGUUUGGAGACGGUGAAGAAUAUCGUGGCCUUCUCCUUCCAGCAUGCUCCACUUGGUAGUCCUCCUCGAAGCCGCUGCCAUCGCCUGGCCCAAUCCCUCGAUGUGGUUGGAGACGCCGAUCGUGCCUUCUAG